UGUGUGUGUGUUUUUGUGUGUGUGUAGUUUGGAGGAAGUCAUGGCGGUGGGAUUAGAGAAAAAGAGUGAAUACAAUGGCAGAAUGACACCAUUUGUUGUGUUAUCAUGUAUGAUGGCUGCCAUGGGAGGAGUUAUGUUUGGCUAUGAUAUUGGCAUUGCAGGUGGAGUGACCUCCAUGGAGCCAUUUCUGAAGAAAUUCUUCCCUCAAGGGUACACUAAGAUGAAAGAAGAAAACACUGUUAGCAACUACUGCAAAUUUGACUGCCAGUUGUUGACCUUAUUCAUGUCCUCACUCUAUGUGGCUGGCCUUGUUGCUUCCUUCUUUGCCUCCUCGAUCACCAGAGCCUAUGGGCGCAGGCCAUCAAUCCUUCUCGGAGGGGCUGCAUACCUUGCCUGUGCAGCCCUUGGUGGCGCGGCUUAUGAUGUCUACAUGCUCAUAUUUGGCCGCAUCUUGCUUGGAGUUGGCAUUGGUUUCGCGAAUCAGUCAGUCCCACUGUAUCUCUCAGAAAUGGCUCCACCAAGAUACAGAGGAGCAAUCAACAAUGGCUUCCAGUUCAGCAUUGGUAUUGGGGGUCUAGCAGCAAACCUUAUUAACUAUGGCACGGAAAAGAUCAGUGGCGGUUGGGGCUGGCGAAUCUCACUAGGAAUGGCCUCAAUCCCUGCUUCAAUUCUGACUCUUGGGGCAGUUUUCCUACCGGAAACACCCAACUGCCUAGUUCAACGUAGCAACGAUCAUCAAAAGGCCAGGGUGAUGCUGCAACGAGUUAGAGGCACCGAAGAUGUCCAAGCUGAACUUGAUGAUCUCAUCAGAGCUAGUGCCAUUUCGAAAACCAUCAACCACCCAUUCAAGAAAAUCAUACAAAGAAAAUAUAGGCCACAACUUGUGAUGGCAAUAGCCAUACCAUUCUUUCAACAAGUGACAGGCAUCAAUGUCAUUGCCUUCUAUGCUCCAAUACUUUUUCGAACAACUGUUCUAGGUGAAAGCGCGUCCCUCUUGUCUGCAGUUGUGAUUGGGUUUGUGGGUAAUAUCUCAACAUUCAUAUCAAUGUUGAUAGUUGAUAAACAUGGCCGAAAAGUUCUGUUCACAAGUGGGGGGAUACAAAUGUUAGUCUCACAAAUCAUGGUUGGAGGCAUAAUGGCAGCUCAGCUAGGGGAUCACGGUGGGAUGAGCAAAGGGUACACUCAUCUGGCUUUGAUUUUGAUUUGCACUUACGUUGCAGGAUACCGAUGGUCUUGGGGUCCAUUGGGAUGGCUAGUUCCAAGUGAAAUUUUUUCGUUGGAGGUUCGUUCUGCUGGACAAAGUAUUGCAGUGGCAGUGAAUUUUCUCUUCACCUUUGUUAUCGCACAAAAUUUUCUAGUUAUGCUUUGCCACUUCAAGGCUGGGAUUUUCUUCUUUUUCGGAGGAUGGGUGGUGGUGAUGACCGGAUUUGUUUACGUGUUGUUGCCGGAGACUAAGAACAUUCCAAUUGAACAGAUGGAGAGAGUAUGGAUGGAACACUGGUUUUGGAAGAAAAUUGUUGGGGAAGAGCAUGAGGUGAGUAAAAUGGAAGGGGCAUGAGAUUGAAUCGAAAUGAAUACUUUUGAGCAAUUGUUACUAUGUAAUUUCAGGAUGGUCAAAGUUCUUUAUGUGUACCAAGCAAUGUAAUUUCAGGAUGAUCAAUAUGCAGUUGAUCUAUUGAUGCAUGACUUCAAUUUCCAUUUCAUGGUAGUUAAUUCAGUAAAAAUCAUGGAUAUCAUUUUUUC